AUGGAGUUGGUGCUGGAAGAUGGGGGCUUGUUCAGCGAUGAGUGGACGUUGAAUGGCUGGCGUGUUACUCUCAUGAGCGAUCAGAAUUGCGAGGAAUUCCAUGAGAACUUCGAGAAUAGCUGGGUGAGAUUUAUGUCUCCUCGCCACUGUUCGGAUGAGCUGGCAAUUCUUGCGGGCUUCGUGAGACGCACGCCGUGGCCCGUGAGCUUCAUGCGCCAGAUGGGUUUCUUCCUGGGCCUUCAUGAGCGAGAUGGCAGGAUCAUCCCGCGUAACGCUGAGGGCCAUGCAUGGACAUUGAAUGGCUGGAGGCUUCCGGAAUCCGAUGAGGAUGAGGAGCUUGAUGUGCAGGUUCUCCUCCAUAACUUGGAGCGUCGAUGA